UCGUUUAGAUCUCUAUGAUCUGGUGCGCAAACAAGAAGUUCCUUUUAAUACUUUCUUCAUUGUUGAGUGACACACGCUUGAGCUAAAACGAAUACAGCUGACGUCCACUUACUGGGACUGACGUUUUGAAGGCGUGUCUGGAUUCUGCAUGAGAAAAUCACAGUAGAGAAACACACCGCCAGCAGCUGGAAUCAGGUUUGUUUCAGCCAGGAAAAUGUUUGUGGUUAGCUUUGCGGUUUAGCUUUCCUUGGAUUCUGCUGUGGGAAGUUAUGCUCCAUGGAAAUGAAGACAUUAUGGGAGCUCCAUCAGUUCAUUUGGACAGAUGUUUUUGCCAGCACAAAUUGGGUUCUUCUGUCAGACUGAAGAAACCUGGUCCUUGUGUUACAUAUGCAAUGUGGCUGAAGAUACAUCUACUUAUUGUCCUCCUAUCAGGUCAAGCUUUAGGUCAACUAACCUCCACUGCUCCGUCCAGCAUUGCCACAUCAACAACAGCUUCACAAACCUCAGCAGGUGAAGCAUCUGUUGUUCCAAGCUCCCAAGCUGCUUCCUCUACUUUUCACACUUCUACAGUUACAGCAGUUUCUGAUAGUCAGUCUUCUGCUGCUUCAUCCAUUAUUCCAACUUCUGCAACCACCGUACAGACCUCAGUAGUGUUUUAUUUCCUUGAUGUCAAUGUGGAUGUCACUGGACCGAGUAAGAAUGAAUCCGACAUCAUUGCCUGGCUUGACCAGGUUUUCCGAAAUGAGCUGGGGCGCUGCAUGUUUCAAGGAGCAACAACUACUGCCCCCACAUCUCAGCAAACUGUAAAUGUGACAGAACAAGUGGCAACAACACAGACUUCACCGCAAAACUUUAGUGCAACUACAAAUGUACCAACAGUGUUACAGGGCAACAUAACAUCUAAAGCUGCAACAAUGCUAAAUGGCAACGACACAACAACGAUGGAAGCAAUAAUAAAUAGUAAUAUCACAACUACAGAUGCAACAGCAACACCAGUAACUGAAAACGUCACAACACCAGCUUCGAUAACAAUGUUACAUGACAACACAACAACCACAGUUGCAGCAACUGUUUUGAAUGACAACAAAACAACAGCGGCAUCAAAGGCAUCAAUCAGCAACACAACAGUUACAGCUGCAGGAACUGCAGCAUUUGAUGGCAACAUAACAUCAACGGCUGCAUCAACUACUGCGACACAAAGCAACAUGACAACUACUGCUGCUUCAACUACUGCAACACAAAGCAACAUGACAACUACUGCUGCUUCAACUACUGCAACGCAAAGCAACAUGACAACUACUGCUGCUUCAACUACUGCAACGCAAAGCAACAUGACAACUACUGCUGCUUCAACUACUGCAACGCAAAGGAACAUGACAACUACUGCUGCUUCAACUACUGCAACACAAAGCAACAUGACAACUACUGCUGCAUUAACUACUGCAACACAAAGCAACAUGACAAUUACUGCUGCAUCAACUUCAGCAACACAAAGCAACAUUACAACUACUGCUGUAUCAACUACUGCAACACAAAGCAACAUGACAACUACUGCUGCAUCAACUACUGCAACACAAAGCAACAUGACAACUAUUGCUGCAUCACCUAAUGCAACACAAAGCAACAUGACAAUUACUGCUGCAUCAACUUCAGCAACAAAUAGCAGCAUGACAACUACUGCUGCAUCAACUACUGCAACACAAAGCAACAUGACAAUUGCUGCUAUGUCAACUACUGCAACACCAAGCAACAUGACAACUACUGCUGCGUCACCUACUGCAACACAAAGCAAUGUGACAACUAUUGCUGUAUCAACUACUGAAACACAAAGCAACAUGACAACUAUUGCUGCAUCACCUAAUGCAACACAAAGCAACAUGACAAUUACUGCUGCAUCAACUUCAGCAACAAAUAGCAGCAUGACAACUACUGCUGCAUCAACUACUGCAACACAAAGCAACAUGACAGCUACUGCUGUGUCACCUACUGCAACACAAAGCAACAUGACAAUUGCUACUACGUCAACUACUGCAACACCAAGCAACAUGACAACUACUGCUGCAUCAACGACUGCAACACAGAGCAACAUGACAGCUACUGCUGCAUCAACUACUGCAACACAAAGCAACAUGACAACUACUACUGCAUCAACUACUGCAACACAAAACAACAUGACAACUACUGCUGUGUCACCUACUGCAACACAAAGCAACAUGACAAUUGCUACUACGUCAACUACUGCAACACAAAGCAACAUGACAAUUGCUACUACGUCAACUACUGCAACACAAAGCAACAUGACAAUUGCUACUACGUCAACUACUGCAACACAAAGCAACAUGACAAUUGCUACUACGUCAACUACUGAA